ACUUGCUGAAAAUUGAAGCUGCACGCCGAUGCAUGGAAACCUCUCUCUUAUAUACGUUAGGACCAAACCCAACUGAUUCCAUAAACCGGAGGAUUUCCGCUUUGCCCAGGCCAAGUUUCCCUACUGAAAAAGCUAGCCGACGCCGACGGAGUCACGCGAGGAAGCCGCGUCUGAGCGAAAGAUGAAGAGAGCGUUCCGGCGGCUAUCUUCCUUCACGCGCCUUCUCCACUCGCGCCCUCCCCCACGCGCCCCCCUCGCCCUCAACAGAAUCCUCGCCUCCCUCGCGAAGGCGAAGCGCUUCCCCGCCGCGAUUUUCCUUUGCGCCCAAACGGAGUCUCGCGCCAGGAGCGUCGCCCCCUGCCACGUCACCCUCACCAUCCUCAUCAACUGCUUCUGCCACGUCGGCAAGGUCGCUCUCGCCUUCUCCGUCUUCGGGAAGCUUCUCAAGCGCGGUCUCCCGUACGACGUCGUCACGGUCAACACCCUCAUCAACGGCAUCUGCCUCAACGGCGCCGUUUCCACCGCGCUCAAAUUUCACGACGAAAUGCUCGCGGAUGGAUUCGAAUUCAACGAAAUCACCUACGGGACUUUAAUUAACGGACUCUGUGAUGCAGGAAAAACAAAAGUCGCUGUUAGAUUGUUGAGGAUGAUACAACAUUGUGUUUUUAAUGUUAAACCCAAUGUGGUUAUGUAUAGUAGAAUUAUUGAAGCUUUGUGUAAGGAAGGAUUAGUGAAUGAAGCUUGUGAGUGGUACUAUGAAAUGGUUGGUAACAAUGUUGAGCCUACUGUUUUCACUUUUAGGCCUCUCGUGAGAGCGUUGUGUGUCGCGGGAUGGUUGAACGAGGCGGUUUGGAUGGUGGAGGAGAUGAUUUCGAAGGGUAUUUAUGUUGAUCUUUAUGUGUUUAGUGUUUUGAUUGAUGGGUUGUGUAAGAAGGGGAUGGUGGGGGAGGCACGGGAGGUGUUUGAUGAAAUGAUUAAGAGAGGCUGUGGGGUUAGUGUUGUUGCAUGCUCGUCCUUGAUGGUGGGGUAUUGUUUGAAGAACGAAGUGGACGAGGCGAGGAGGUUGUUUGACGCGGUUGUGGGACGACCGGACGUUUGGAGUUAUAAUGUUUUGAUUAACGGGUAUUGCAAGGUUAGGAGAUUGGAUGAUGCCAUGAAGUUGUUCUAUGAAAUGUGGGGGAAGAAUGUGGUUCCGAAUCUUGUGACUUACAAUUUGUUGGUUGAUUGUGUUUGUAAAUGCGGGAGGGUGGCGAUUGCUUGGAAGGUUGUUAAGGCGAUGUGUGAGAGUGGUGUGGCGCCAGACGUUGUUACUUAUAGUAUCUUAUUGGAUGGUUUGUGUAAAGAGCAACAUCUUGACCUGGCGGUUGUGUUGUUUAACCAGCUGAUUAAGAGGGGCGUGGCGCUUGAUGUUUGGAGUUAUAGUAUAUUGAUUGAUGGGUGUUGCAAGAAUCAGAGGAUAGGCUGUCGUCUGCGUGGAGGCUUCUCAAUGAGAUGCACAAUAAUGGUCCACCCCCCGAUGUUGUUGCUUACAGUACCCUGUUGCAUGCUUUAUGCAAAAGUGAACAUUUCGACCAAGCAAUUUUAUUGUUUAACCAAAUGAUCAGGAGGGGUUUGGCACCUGAUGUUUGGAGUUAUACCAUCUUGAUUAAUGGACUGUGCAAGAGUGAAAGGAUAGACGAGGCCGUUAAUCUCUUUAAAGACAUGCAUCUAAAAAAUUUGGUUCCU